ACAAAAUUCCAUCGGAACAAUAGGAGAAAUCUCUUACACUUGAGAAUUUUAUUGCAUUAAUUCGCGACUAUUUAAUUAUUUAAGCUUAUUUUCUUUAUUACACACCGACACAAAUAUUUCAAAACUGAUUACAUCAGAUUUAUUUUCUUCUACGAUUACAGUAAUGCGUAAAUACGUUAAAGUUGAUGAAUCACCUUCAGAUCUGUUCUCGUAGGCCGACCAUUUCCAAUGAAAACCGCCCACUUCUUCGUCCUCUCGGCAUUCGAGAAAUCCAAGCUUCCUUCCCAGACAUAAUAUCGGAAUAAUAAAUUACAAAGUCGAGAUGUAAAAUUUAAAUUCGAGGAAAGGCGUGCCGUUAACAAAUUGCUAUAACAUUCAUUAAUGAUUCGCAGGAUGCCAAUCGAUGUAUCUUGGAUUGCGCAAGAAGAAUUAUUUAUCGUGCGUGUGAGAUGGCUGAUCAAUUCAAUCAAAAUACCUCUUGGCCUCAUCCAUCAAAGUUGCAACGACUUAAUAAUAAUUAACGGCCGUUCUCGCCUGUAAAUACCACACGUUGUUGAAAUGCUUUCCGCAGAUUGCGUCACGAAAAAAUCAAAUCGAUUAAGAUACAAAGUGCGGGUACAUAAUUUCCCGCUGUCUUCCUUCGUGCCGGCGCGUUCGUUAUGAAUGUGUACGGAUCGCAACCUGCGAUCCUUUCGCCGACGAAGAGGCGACUGCCAAGUGACGAAAGCUUUAAUCCAGCCGACGGAAUUACAUUAAUCAAUAUCGCAAACAAGAGGUAGCGAUGCGUUUAUACGAGAUCCAGGUUUGUCCCAGAUUUGCAGCGGGAUGCACUUUGCCACGGACAUUAACCGGCUCGAUAGUUGGCGCCUCGCCAGUGAUUGAUUUGCUGGUGCAACGACCUCCUCAGAAUAAUAUUCCCGAGCUAGUUGACGCACACAAACACAAACACACACACAAGUACACAAGAUGCACGAAAUAAACGAUCGGCAACGAUCGUUCAUGUCGCGAGUCGCGAACAGACGGUAGUCACUUGCGCGAAUCUCCUUCUUGAGACGGCGAUCAGAGGGGGAGGAACGGUCGUCAUUCACCGGGUAUAUAAGGACGAGAGCCUGCAGGAGCACGGAUUCGCCGACAGGAACCGGUGUAUAGUCCCGGUGUGACACAGGGUGAUGCAGUGCAAAGUGUCCUCUUCGCGUCGUCUUCGUCGUUAUCGUCAUCAUAACUGACAACCACGAUGGGUCAUCGCGGGAUCAUCCACUCACUGAUUUGGUGUUUGCUGUCAUUUCCGGUGUGUUUUACUGCAUUACUGUCUCCGGAUCAGAAGGCACCGCAAUUCGCGCGAGGCUCCGGUGGCCUGAUUCUAAAUCCUCCCUUCGAGAGCGAUCAAAGGGCGAGCCCACCAGCCGCCACGAAUGUCAUCAACGAUGACGGCGUACAAAGACAAGAGACCUCUUCUUUUAAAAUCGUGGAUGGUGAAUUGAUCCGAGUGGUGGAAGGAUCCUACUCCUAUAAGAGUCCCGAAGGAAUUCCCGUUUCCGUAAAUUAUGUCGCGGAUGAGAAUGGAUAUCGGGCCGGAUUUAGAUUGGGCCGCGCCGCACUCGAAGGACCGGGGCCUAUUGUGAGACCUUCAGGACCUCUGAGACCUUUAGAAUCUCCAGGACCUCCAGGACCUCCAGGACCUCCAGGACCAGGAGGCACAACAUAUUUACCACCAAAGACCACUGCCGACCGGAGCUAUUUACCACCGCAUUAAUUGAUCUUAAAGACUCGUCUAAAUACAUUAUCGCCAAACGUUAUAUAGGCUAUUCGGUAACAGGAGGCUGCAUUUUUUUUAGUAAUAUUCCUUAUCAAAAACUUUUUUAGUUCAAAUUACAUUUUUAAGCUCAUUUUAGACAGCGCACCUUGCAAAUAAAAUUCGAGAUAAAAUUUUAUUUAUAAUUUUAUGUGGCAUGUAAUACAGAAAUAUUUUUUUAUUAUAUAAAAUUGUAAGUUGAUUUCUAUCUCGAGUUCAUCACAAGUUAUAUAUCGUCUAAAAUGUUUUAACUAGGAUAUCAUAUUGCAUUUAAAAGCGAAAUAAAAUAAU